AAUAGAGAAUUUCUUUUUUCCGGAAAACGAAUUAGUUGGGAGGGAUCGAUCAACAAAAAUCGAAUCUUUACAGGCACGAAUUUGGACCACCCUAAUAGACACCAUAAUUUUGUAUCCUUCUUUAUUUUCCAAACAAAAUAAUUUCUUCUACAAUUUUCUCAUUUGCUUGAACUCAUCCGCGAUUGCUACCUCCCACUUAAAACUGAAUGGUGUUUAAAAUCCAGGCGCCAGGCGUCGCUGCAAUCGGUAUCACAGAAGGCAACAUGGUGUCGUGCUUAGUGAUUGGGUGAUGGUUUGUCAUAUUGGUCAUAUUGAUAAUAAUUACGCUGUAGUAAAAAAUUACAAAAGCGAAGUAAUCGAACAAACAUAGAGAAUAUUUAAAAAGGAUACAUUCAGAAAUGAGCUUAUCUAGGAAAUGAUAAAGUUUUUCCAUGAUUGAUUUGAGAUGCUGGACUCAUAGUGACGGCAACAACGCACGUGUUUUCAAGCUUAUUCUCAUUGGCUACAUUUGUAAUCAGCAAGAGGAAAGGAGACAUCUAAUAAAUAUCACGCAAGUGGUGCGCCACGCACAAAUGAGAACACUCAAGACUAUCGUUUCCAGUGCCUGAAAAGUGAAUGUGAAACCAAAUACCAGUCUGAGGCUGAAGAGUUUCAGAUAUUUUGAAAUUCGUUGAGUGACUCUUUCCUGUGUACAAGCAGAUCAUUUUAAACAAAAUGACAAAAAAAGUGCCCAAAACCUACGUUGACGGAGACGAAUACUACGAUCCUUAUUAUGUGCAAGUGCCAUCCGUGGCGCCAACUCAAAUCGUCUCACCUGCUGUUGCGAAAAAUAGCAGGACCUUACAAGUCAGUGCCAAUCCCUCGGAACUGACCGAUUCAGAAGUCGUGAACUACUUCACCCAAUUUGGACCUAUUGAAGAAGUUACCACACCGUUUGACAAAACGAAGAAUAAGUGGAAAGGGUUUUUAUACAUCGUCUUUGAAUCAGCUGCAAUCGUCAACCAGUUGAUUAAAACCCCAACAAAAUUGAUCAACGGGAAAAAGGUGCUCGUAGCAAAAAAGUCAGCUGAUAAUUCAGCUAACGGGGGAUUGAAUUCGCCGAAUUUUGCAACUACAACUAUUUCAGCUUUUUCGAGUAUUAUGCCUGCGAGCUUUUCGAUACCUUCCAACAUUUCAAUGCUCUCGACAGCUCCGCUGUCUUCAGCAACCCUUGGUCCAUCUCAGAGUUAUGGACUUCAGGAGAUUAUGAUUCCAAUUUCCGCGCUCCCUAUGUCUGCGACAUAUCCAUAUGAGAUGCCUUCAGUUAGUGGAUAUCAUUAUCCUUCAGAAUCAGAAAUAGCUGGCCCGUCUGGUAUGGCUGGUCCAUCCGGCUUAGGAGGAACCAAAAAGAAGUAAUAAUCAAUAUCCAGGCUAAACUUGAAUUUUCCAUUUACCUCUUAUCAUUUUUUCAAUUCCUUAUCUUUCCA